ACAGGAGAAUGCAAAGCCACUGCUGAAGCUGUUAUUGCCUCUGCAGCUGGGUCUCUGUCAAUAUCACCCGCCCACGCUUAUCUAGCUUCUAGAGUCACAGGCUGGCCUGGAGAUGAGGGUGGGGGAGUGGCCAGGAGAAGGGAUGCAGGAAGGCAAAGGAAACAAAAACAGCCACAAGGCUUGCUGGGCAUGUGUCUGUAGGUGGUCUCUGGUUCUGUGACUGUGGAGCCAGUCCGGUGGCUGAUUGUCUAGCAGUGGACAGCGAGCACAGUGCAGCAACCUCCUAAGCAGAGAGCCGAGAAGAAACAGCAGCCAGGAGAGCAAAAGCUUUGCUGCUGGUGUUCUUGGUGGAGUUUUAGUGAAGACUAUCGUUUGGCAGCAAGUACAAGUUGAAAAAUGUUGACUUCCCCAGAGCUGAAGAGCCUUGUCCCCUUUACAGCAGAGUCACUUGAACUCAUAGAAAAUCACACUGCUAAGAAAUGCAGUGAGGAGCACGAAGACGAAGGUUUAAAACCAAGCCCUGAUUUGGAAGCUGGCAAAGAACUUCCAUUUACCUACGGAGCCCUUCCUCGUGGAGCCGUGUCAGAGCCCGUGGAAGAUGUCGAUCCAUACUACUGCGUUAAGAGAAAUACUUUCAUGGUCUUAAACAGAAACAGAGUUAUCUUCAGGUUCAAUGCCGUUUCUAUCUUCUGCACACUGUCGCCUUUCAGUUCACUGAGAAGAGCAGCUAUCAAGGUUUUGGUGCAUCCUCUAUUCCGCCUGCUAAUUUUAAUUAGUGUCCUCACUGACAGCCUACUUAUGUGCAUGAAUAAUCCACCAGAAUGGAUAUCAGCAAUAGAGAAUACUUUGCUUGGGAUUUACACAUUUGAAAUACUUGUAAAAGUCAUUGCAAGAGGUGUCUGGGCAGGGUCAUUUUCCUUCCUAGGAGAUCCCUGGAACUGGCUGGAUCUCAGUGUCACUUUGUUCGAACUCAUCACAAGGUUUUCACCAGUAACCACUCUUCUAAUGCUUAAAGCUAUAAGAACCUUGAGAAUUUUGAAGAUUAUUCCCUUGAACCAAGGCCUGCAGUCUGUUGUGGUGACACUGGUCCAGUGUUUGAAGAAACUACUGGGUGCCAUUGUCCUAACUCUGUUUUUUCUGACUGUGUUUUCACUACUUGGGAUGGGUCUUUUCAUGGGCAACCUGAAGCACAAAUGUCUGCGAUGGCCCCAAGAGAAUGAAAAUGGUACCCUGCACAACAAAACUGGAAUCCAGUCCUAUAUUCCAGAAAGAGAAAACUUCUACUAUUUGGAAAGCGAGAGAGAUGCCCUCCUUUGUGGCAACAGGACCGAUGCGGGCCAGUGUCCUGAAGGUUAUGUGUGUGUAAAAAAGGGCAUGAAUCCUGACAAUGGCUUCACGAGUUUUGACAAUUUUGGCUGGGCCUUACUUGCUAUGUUUCGAUUGAUGACCCAGGAUUAUCCUGAAUUACUUUAUCACCAGAUCCUUUAUGCUUCAGGAAAGGUCUACAUGAUAUUUUUUGUUAUGGUCAGUUUCUGGUUUGCCUUUUAUAUGGCAAGUUUGUUCUUGGGCAUAGUCACAAUGACCUAUGAAAAUGAAAAGCAGAGAAAAUCUGAGAAAUCCGAAGACACAGAACCUAAAUUUCAACAACCUGGGAAAGAACACGAGGAAAGAAUGGAAACAGCUGAGAUGAAAACUACACAAAUAGAAAUGAGGAAAAGAUCACCAACUUCUAUAAACACCACAUUGGAUAUACUGGAAGAAACUUCGCUUGGACACAAAGAAGAACCAGAAACAUCCAGGAAGAAAUGCCCACAGUGCUGGUAUAAGUUUGCUAAAACCUGCUUCAUCUGGAAAUGCUCUCCCUGUUGGAUAAAACUGAGCGAGUUCGCUGAUAGAAUCAUAACACACCCAUUUGCUGAUCUUUUCAUUGUUAUAUGCAUCACUUUAAACAUAUGUUUCCUGGCCCUAAAACAUUUUCCAAUAAGCGAGGAGCUCAUGUUUCUCCUCAUCAUUGGAGACUUGGUUUUUAUUGGAAUUUAUACGAUAGAAAUGAUUUUGAAGGUAAUUGCUCUGCAUCCUUAUGGGUAUUUCCAAAUAAGCUGGAACAUUUUUGACAGUUUGAUUGUCUUUUUUGGAUUAAUGGAAAUUUUGCUAAUGAAUAUUGAAGGAAUUACAGUUUCUAUGUUAUACCCGUUGAGAUUUGUUAAAUUGGGAAAAUAUGGGCCGCCAUUUAAGGCUUUGAUGCGUAUCCUUGGUAACACAUUGGUGGCCCUGAAAGACUUGGUUCUGCUGCUGUUCAUAUUCGUUUACUUCUCUGCUGUGUUCGGCAUGAACCUGUUUGGUCAAAGUUACAAAGACUGUGUCUGCCGCAUAGACCAAGACUGUCAACUCCCACGCUGGCACAUGAGUGACUUCUUCCAUGCCUACAUGAACGUUUUCAGGAUGCUCUGUGGAGAGUGGAUAGACACAUUAUGGGACUGUAUGGAGGUCGCUGGAUUGUCUUGGUGUAUUCCUUUUUACAUGAUGGUUAUUUUAAUUGGAAAUUUAUUGAUACUUUACCUCUUUGUGGCAUUGGUGAGCUCAUUCAGUUCAUAUGAUGCUACAAUGGAAGUGAGCAAAGAAGCCAUAAACAUUCAACUUGCCAUGUCCAGGAUAAAGGCAGGAAUAAACUGUGUGCUUAUGAAAAUAUUGUGCAAAAAAAGGACUGUUGCUACAGAAACAACAGACCAAAGGUGUGAUGCAAGCAUUAAAGAGAAUAUUUCUGUCCCCACUCUUUCUGAAGUGAGUGACACACAAACAUUUCUCAAAUAUAAGGAAAAGAGCAGUGGCACAGAGAAAACUCCAGUGACUGAAUCUGAGAGCCAGUCACUGAUUGCUAGUCCCAGUGCCUCAGAAACUGUGCCAAUUGCUUCAGGAGAAUCUGAUAUAGAAAAUCUGGAUAACAAGGAGACUCGGAGCAAGUCUGGGAAUGGAGACAGUAAAGAGAAAAUGAAGCAAUCUAGUUCAUCUGAAUGCAGCACGGUUGACAUUGCUAUCUCUGAAGAAGAAGAAAUGGUCUAUGAACAUGAAAAGUCAAAGCUCCACAAAAAUGGUUAUGAACGAAAAUCUUCACUUGGUCAACUCAGUAGAGAAUCCAGGAAUGGAAAGAUUUGGAAGAACAUAAGGAAAACUUGCUGCAAGAUAGUAGAGAACAGCUGGUUUGAAUGUUUCAUCGGCCUGGUCACUCUGCUCAGCACAGGCACUCUGGCUCUUGAAGAUAUAUAUAUUGAUCAGCGAAAAACCAUUAAAAUAUUACUGGAAUAUGCGGACAUGAUAUUUGCUUACAUCUUCAUUCUGGAGAUGCUUCUCAAGUGGGUGGCUUAUGGCUUUAAAGCCUAUUUCUCUAACAACUGGUACAAGCUGGACUUCCUGGUUGUUAUCGUGUUUUGUCUUAGCUUAAUAGGCAAAACUCGAGAAGAUCUGAACACCCUUGCCUCCGUGAAGUUCCUUCGAGGACUCAGAGUUCUCUCUCAGUUUGAAAGAAUGAAGGUGGUUCUGAGAGCCUUGAUUAAAACAACGUUGCCCACUAUGGGCGUAUUUCUGGUCUGCCUAAUGACCUGGCUGCUUUUCAGUAUUAUUGGAGUACACUUAUUUGCUGGCAAGUUUUAUGAAUGCAUUGACCCAACAAGUGGAGAAAGAUUCCCUGUGUUUGAGGUUAUGAAUAAGAGUCAAUGUGAAAGCCUCGUAUUUAAUGAAUCAAUGCCCUGGGAGAAUGCAAAACUUAACUUUGAUAAUGUUGGAAACAGUUUUCUUUCUUUGCUCCAAGUGGCAACAUUUAAUGGAUGGAUCAGUAUUAUGAAUUCAGCAGUUGAUUCUGUUGGUGUAAAUAUGCAGCCUAAUUUUGAAAACAACCUCUACAUGUAUACUUAUUUUAUCGUCUUCGUGGUCUUUGGAUUAUUUCUCCCACUGUGUAUGCUGAUUGGUGUUAUUGUCAGUAAUUUCAACAAGCAAAAAAAUAAGCAGGGAGGAUCAAAUAUGUUUAUAACAGUGAAACAGAAAAAACAGUACCGGUCACUGAAGAAGCUCUUGUAUGCAGACUCUCAGAGACCAGCACCCCGCCCCAUAAACAAGUUUCAAGGCUUCGUUUUUGACCUAGUAACACAUCGUGUCUUUAAUGUGAUCGUCAUACUUCUUAUCUGUUUCCAAGCAACAACCAUUAUGAUACAAAACGAUGAGCAGGGUUCACAAAUGGAAGCUGCUGUCUACUGGAUGAACUCCAUUUUUGUCAUGCUGUUCACUCUGGAAUGCAUACUGAAGCUCACGGCCUUCCACUGCCACUAUUUCACCAAUGCGUGGAAUGUUCAUGAUUUUACGGUGGUCGUUUUCUCCAUUACAGGGCUGUUGCUGCCUAUGACAAUCGGACAAUACUUCGUGCCUCCUUCACUUGUACAACUGAUACUUCUCUCUCGGGUCGUCCACAUCCUGCGUCCCGGGAAAGGACCGAAGGCGUUCUAUGAUCUGAUGCUCUCCUUGAUGCUGUCUCUCCCAGCAUUGCUGAACAUUAGUCUUCUCAUCUUCCUGGUCAUGUUCAUCUACGCCAUCUUUGGAAUGUACAGCUUUGCCUAUGUUAAAAAAGAGGCUGGAAUUAAUGAUGUGUCCAACUUUGAGACCUUCGGAAGCAGUAUGCUCUGCCUCUUUCAGGUUACAAUAUUUUCUGGUUGGGAUGGGAUGCUGGAUGCCAUUUUCAACAGUCAGUGGUCUGACUGUGAUCCUGAUAAAAUUAAUCCUGGGACUCAGGUCAGAGGAGAUUGUGGGAGCCCUUCUGUUGGGAUUUUUUAUUUUGUCAGUUACAUCCUCAUUUCAUGGCUGAUCAUUGUCAAUAUGUACAUUGUUGUGAUCAUGGAGUUUUUAAGUAUUCCUUCUAAGAAAAAAGCCAGGACCUUGAGCGAAGAUGACUUUAAGAAAUUCUUCCAGGUAUGGAACAGGUUUGACCCUGAUAGGACCCAGUACAUAGACUCCAGCAAGCUUUCAGAUUUUGCAGCUUCCCUUGAUCCUCCUCUUUUCAUGGCAAAACCAAACAAGGGCCAGCUUGUGGCUAUGGAUCUCCCUAUGGCAGCAGGGGACAGGAUUCACUGCCUUGACAUCUUACUUGCCUUUACGAAAAGAGUCAUGGGAAAAGAUGAGAGGGUAGAAAAAAUGCUUUCAGAGAUAGAAUCUGGGUUUUUGUUAGCAAACCCUUUCAAAAUCACUUAUGAACCAAUCACAACUACCUUGAAACGCAAACAAGAGGCAGUUUCAGCAACCAUCAUCCAGCGUGCAUAUAAAAGUUACCGCUUAAGGCAAAAUGACAAAAACAUAUCAGAUAUCCCUAUAAAAGGUCAUGACCGAGAUGAUCCUGCCUCUAAGAGUGUCCAUUCUGACAAAACUGAGGAAAAAACGUCUCUUCAAACCCAGAUCUAGUUGCACUUCACACUUCUACUUUCUUCACGCAUCCCCCAGCCUCUAAAAGCUUAACUAAGCAUGAGCACUGACCACACAGUAGAGAUAAUGAUCACGUGUGUGUACCCACACAUCUACACGGUGAACUCAGUCCGCCGCUGCAUCAGGAAAUACAGCACUUCAGUAUUAACGGAGGCUACUGUCAUGUUUGGGCUGCUUAAUUUUUUUUUUCUCGACAUGGCUUUUCUGGCAUUUACUUACUUAAAGUGAGAUUGUGCUUCAGAAGUAGGAAGAUACUGCAUUAAAUCACAAACAUUCACAAACAAAUACUGCCGGGUGGAAGGGGAAAAUGCAGUUCUUCAGAAAGUGCCUUUCAGUUCUGUCAUAGAGACUUCUGGGCUAAUUUACAAGAUAAAUUUCUUAAAAUGUUUGAUUGAAAAUCAUCCUUGCUUUUUUUCUUCUUGUUUUUUGAUAUGUUUGGUUUUUUUGUUUGUUUGUUUUGCUGCUCUUUGUUAGUUUAGAUAUUAGAUAUUUCGUUGUUUUAGGACUACUGGUUCCUCAUUGUGCUGGUAACCAAUACAUGAGCUCUAGCUCAGCAACAGAUGAGGCCUUCAGAGCAAGCACAGAGGAAAUUACACGUUAAGUACAUUUUCUGUAUUUUCUUCACAUUUAUUCCUUUUUAAGAGCACACAUUUACGAAAAGAAUAUAAUAGAGAUAAAUGUUAAUGGACUAAAGCUUUACCUUAUUAUUAAAACCGAUGUAUUUUUUACCAUUUAUUCAUAGCUGGUGCAUGCUAUCACAUGAUUUAGAAGAGUUGAGGGCAGCCAGCCUGUAUAGGAAUUUUCAGUGCCCUAAACAUUAAUUAGGAAACUGGUCUCUUAAAAGUUCUUUUCAUUGAACUUUGUGCUUCUUGUAACUUAAAAAAAAAAAAGUGAUCUGUCAAACAACAAGGACUGUGAACAAAGGAUUUUAAGUUGGUGUUUUAUGACAUCGUUAUAUGCAAAUGAGUUUUAGUGCUCAUUUACAUUUUCCUUUCUUAUUUGUUGUAUAAAAGUCACACUAAAAGUACUCACUUAAAUGUUUUAUAUUUGAGAAUCUGUAAAAUAGCCGACAUUAAUUUUAACUACUAAUAUUAUUUUUAUUAAUAAAAAUAGUUGAUUUUCACUCAUUGAUAAGAUUGUUUACUUCCCUCAUGUAUUUUGAGAAUCUGAUAUUUUCUCCAUUUUGUAUAAAAAACUGAUUUCACUGUGCCUAUGAAGUCCUCCAGAAUUAAAAAAGAAAAAAAUAUAUAUUCUGUUGACUUAUGUAACAAGCUUAAAAUGCGUUUUAUGAAACUCGGCGUACUGUAUUUUUAAUGAAUGCAUGGUCUUGAGCCUUAACUCCUGUAACCAACUUCUGCUCCUCAGAAACUUAAUAACUUUACCAACUUGCCUUGGAAGACAAUCUAAGUGAAUGGGGUUUCGGAGUCUGUUUCUGUUUUUUUGUUUGUUUGUUUGUUUGUUUGUUUUUCUAUACAAGUAUUCUUCUUUCACCUUUCGCUCUGCCAUGUGAUGGGUACAGGAGACAUGUGCCAGCUUCCGUGUUUCCUCCGCUUCUCAGUUUUCCACUUCCUGGGAACACCUUAACGUGGAAAUUGCUACAGAUACCAAGACUAAAUCACAACCUGCUUCCGUGAGUCUCAUGUGGACGACACACUGAGUUUAAAAAUCAUUCUGUUUUUACUUGUAAGGAAUGGUAGGCAGUCAACAUCCAAUACUGCAGGAAGUUUCUUUUCUAAAAGACUGUUGCCGUGUAUUCAUCCUCCUUUUGAGAUACCGCAGAAAAUAAAUGUCACCUGCUAAGUGCA